GCUAGCCUGCUUCGAGAGAGGAAGUGAUGCAGGGAAAAUUCCCAUAAUGUCCAGUCAAUGACUAAAGGGGGAAACACAAAGAAACUGUAAUCUUUUUUACGAAAGGUAUUUUCUAAUUAACUGGAAUUACCAAGAUAACAUUACCUUCAAAAGACGUUCUGUAUUGUGGUCCUUAGGCGGACAGACGAUCUUGUAAAAAAGUACACCGAAACUCGUUUUUGAAUGAUGUUGACUGGCUACCUCCUAGCUUAGCAACUAGCUGCUAGCCACCUAAGCUUUCACCAACUUGGCUAUCUAGCUAGCAAAACGACGACGAGGUUGUUUGUGCCGUUCUACUCUACUGUGCUAGUAGUUGGGUAGCACAUUCACUUUGACAAGCUAAUACAUUGAAACCAUGUACGCCAGUUUCCGAACAAUUGUAUACAUCUAAAAGCAUUGCGGAUGCCAAGGUCAUCACUAUGGAGCAGGAAAAGAUGACAUCUUUAUCUAGUGUGGAAUAUGCAUUCUGAGGAAGUGUGUGGCCCGAGGGCAUGUUGAGACAUCUCACCAGGCCAGAGCAGAGGCGUCUAGGUGGGGCAGACGGGGCCUGAAGGAGGGGAGGACAGACAGAGGGAGGACCAGAGAGAGAGACAUGGGCCAGUGUGUCACCAAGUGUAAAAACCCAACGUCCUCGCUUGGCAGCAAGAGUGGCGACAAGGAGACAGGCUCCAAGUCCCACAAGAAAGGCGGCGGUGCGGGUGGAGGAGGAGGGCAUAAAGAGGAGCCCAGCACCCUGGGUAGCAAAGCCUUCAACGACACCAAGGCCAUGGAGGUUGACGUGGAGACCCCAGUCAUCCCCACGGCGAUGGGGGACCCGAGGAAGGACGAGCGCUCAGCUGAAGCAGACGGGCUUUCCCUGCUGCGCAUCGAGGAGCUCUUCUGCUGCUACAAGGAUGAGCUGGAGGAUGCCAUAUUGGAAGAGGGCAUGGAGAGUUUCUGCAACGACCUGUGCGUGGACCCUGCAGAGUUCCGUGUGCUGGUCCUUGCUUGGAAGUUUCAGGCAGCCACCAUGUGCAAGUUUACAAGGAAAGAGUUUGUGGAGGGUUGCAGGGCGAUCCAGGCGGACAGUCUGGAAGGCAUAUGCUCCCGCUUCUCCUGCAUGCUGCUGGAGGCCCAGGGCGAGGACAGCUUCAGAGACCUGUACCGUUUCACCUUCCAGUUCGGCCUGGAUGCAGAGGAGGGACAGCGGUCGCUGCAACGCGACAUCGCCAUCGCCCUGUGGCGCCUAGUCUUCACCCAGAACUCCCCCUCCAUCUUGGAGCGCUGGCUGGACUUCCUAGCUGAGAACCCGUCAGGCGUGCGGGGCAUUUCACGGGACACGUGGAACAUGUUCCUCAACUUUACACAGGCCAUCGGGCCGGACCUGAGCAACUACAGUGAGGACGAGGCCUGGCCUAGCCUCUUUGACACCUUUGUGGAAUGGGAGAUGGAGCGAAGGAAAAAGGAGGAGGAGGAGGAGGAGAGGAGGGCAGAGGAGGAGAAGAGAUGCACUGGGACUGAGACCCCUCCUAGCACAGACCGACUUGAAACAGAGGGGGGGAGAGGCUCACAGACAUGGGGGGGGCAUUGACAUGGAGACAUGGAUUUCUGGGAAAGGGAGAGAUGGGGUUAGGAUCUAAAAGUGAACUGUACAUCUGUGAAUCAUUGGAUGAAUAUUAGUAUUACCAUUACCGUUUCCCAUUUUUCUCUCCUUUUUCUGUUUGGGUGGAGUUCUUUCUCGCCCUGCUUAUUUCAGGUUAUUGAAAGGGCUCUAAGAACUGUGUAACGUUUUAAGCACUUCUAUUUAAGUUAUUGUUUUAUUGUUUUCCUUCAACUUGUGUUUUGGCAGUUGGACAUGUGGUCCAUUUUAAAAACCAGGCAAAAGAAAGCCAUACCUUUUCCCAUUAAACUCAUUUAAUUCAACUAAUUUAUACCUGGAAACACUGGUGACAUAACCUAUGUGGCUCAACACAACAGGCUUGAUGCACAAAACGAAGAAGGGAAACGUGCCCUCAAAAGAGGUUCUUACUGCAGAAGCCUGAGUCACGCCAUGCAGUCUGUAGUGAAAUCAACUUGAUAGAAUUCUUUGAAUUCCAAUUUUGGCUUUUUAUCAUGUGGCGUUUGGCAAAAUUGGAUUGUAGUUGAGAUGAUUGAUGACAUUUUAUUGAAAUAUGACAUGAUGCUGAGAGUUGUUUUCUUGGCAUAUGUUGCCUUUAGAAAUGACAGCCAACUGUAUUGUUGAAGAUGUUGAUGUCAUGAUACAGAUACCAGUUGCAUUUGUAUCUUAUUUAUCCAAAUUGAAAUGCUGUGUACACACCAGUUAGUCCUUAAAAUUUCAAUGUAUUUAUUUAUUUGAAAAUACCCAACCGUCAUUUCUCUCAGUAAAGACAUUGAGUGCUUGUUAUGAGUGCUUAAGAUCGCAAUAGUGUCUUAGAUGAUUUUAACAACUAGGGCUGGUUCCAUUUUGUUCCCUCCUAGCUCCUACCGACUAGCCAGCUUUCACAGAUCUGAAACACAUAGGUGUGUGUGCUGUUUGGGGAUAGUCCUUCAGACUGGCUUCUGUACAGCUUUGACCUAUCCAGUCCUUUGAGCUUUGAAAGCACUGUUAGGGAUGAGGUGGGUCUUGGUUUGGUGGGGACAGAAGAAUCCUGUACCUGGGAAAUAUUAAGGACUGUUACUUUGGACGUUACACAGAGCUUUAUCUCGUUUACCUGCAACAAUCUUACACCUUUGGGAAGCUAUUUGCUAGUUUUGUUUGGGCAUGUCAAGAAUAUGCCAGCUGCUGGUAAUGGCUAUAAUGAAAUGCACAAAAACCAAUGGCCUGCUAAAGUCACUGUACAUGUACUGCUUUGCAAAGAGACAUUCAUGUCAGCUACCCUCUUUCUAUUCUAAAUCUUUCAAAACUGUCAGAUUCUCUUGAAAGUAGCCUAUGGUCUAUCGGGGACAGUAGAUGAUUGUUAACCAGGUAUGCUGGCCCAUGGGAGUGUCGUGAGUCCAGCAUGGUCAGGUGGUGCCCGUAACCAGGUGUUAGUGUGAGGUUUACAUUUACAAUGGUUUCAUUUCAGAUCCCUUUGACCUUUUUAUAUAAAAUGCAUUGAUUUAUAAUAAAUAAAACAGUGUUCAACUUUUGCGAGUG